AUGUCCACUGACCGUUCAUCUCGUCGCAAGGAAAUGGACUUCAUGAAACUCAUGAAUGGUCCGCGAAAGGUGCACCCAUCGGACUCCGUCUCCGAGUUUUGGGUGGAGUUUUGUGGUCCUGAGGGAACUCCAUACGAAGAUGGCGUAUGGUACAUCCACGUGCAACUUCCCGCAGAGUAUCCCUUCAAAUCUCCAUCCAUCGGUUUUAGCAAUCGUAUUUUCCAUCCAAAUGUGGAUGAGUCGAGCGGUUCUGUUUGCCUCGAUGUAAUUAACCAAACAUGGACACCGAUGUAUGAACUUCACAACAUUUUUGAUGUGUUCCUCCCGCAGCUGCUACGGUACCCUAAUGCCUCUGAUCCCUUAAACUCUGCGGCUGCAAGUAAGUUAAUUCACGACCCUAUUGGCUACGUUACAUUUGUGCAAGAUCACGUAGCGGAGUAUGCAACACGGAGGGUUGCACUGCAAAGUAUUCCUUCAGGUUUCCGGCCUCAGGGUAACGGCGCGUCCUCAGCAGCGGAGGUUAAAAAUAACAUAUCCAGUGAGGAGGAUUCCACCGCUACUCCUAAAGGACUGACAGAAAUCACAACUCCGCAUGUUGUAAGUGAAGGAGGGGAGGAAGAGGAGUAUGAACCUGACGCAAUUGACAUCUAA